AUGGGAAGAGGAGGGAAAACUCCCAGGAGGAGGGACAGGAGCGCUCCGGGAGAGCUCCUCGGGGAGGGGGAUCGGUUCCGCCGGAUAUUGGAGUGGAACCAGAGACUGGGGGAGAGCCGGCGUCCCCAGGGAGCGGAGCGGAGUGUGCAGGAUUGGGGUUCAGGGACGCAAGGCGCUCCAACCCACCCUCCUCCGUACUUCAGUGUUGCUUUGCAGGACCCGAUUCUGCCGUGCCAGAUCCCACACCCCCGAGGGCCCCUCUCCGCCCCUCUCCCUCUCCUGGGACAGGGGCCAGGACGUCCUUCGGGCAGGAUGUUCCCCCCGCCGGGCUGCAGGAGGGGCUUCCCCAUGGAGCCCGACCCGUGGUGGGAUGGAGCAGGAGCAGGGCCGUGCCCCCCUCACGGCCCCGAGGACGCCUGGGAUGAGCCGCCCUGGAAGCACUGGCGCCUCCUGUGCCGGAGAGGAUGGUUCUGGCCCAGCCCCAGGGACCCCAGACCCUUCCCUGGCCCUGAUGGCAUCCCUUGGAAUGAGGAGGAGGAGGACAGGAUAUGGGCACCCCACGACUACCCCCCACCCCCCUGGGACAGCAGAGGACCCGAGGAGUACUUCGCACAGGACUGGUUCCUGGAGUGGCAGCCUGGCCCCUAUCUUGAACCCCCCUUGGAGGAGGAGCAGCCCCCACCCUGGCACCCUGCUGGCCCACCAGAGAGACGAGGGGGGUUCCAUGGUGGGGGCCCCCCCUGGGACUGUGACCCCCCCAGGGGGAGACGCGGCCGACGCCUUCGCAGGAGCCAGUGUUCGUGGGGUCCCAGACCCCGCAGAGGGCACAAAUCACCCUCCAGGGCCUCUCCUCCCCGCCCCAAGACGAGCCAGCCAGCGGCCAGGAAAGAGCUGCAGCCCCCUGAUCCUCCCCAGCCACCCGUGUCCCCCCAGGGUCCUGUGGAGAGGCCGGAACAGAGCCAGGACCUGCCAGAGGGGAGUGGGGAGGUCCCCAAGACCCCUGAGCCGUCCAGGACCCCUCCGAGGAGCCCGGCCACCGAUCCCUGUGCUGUGGGGCUGGAGCAGGAGGCUCCAGGGACACCGGUUGAGCCAGGAGCUGAGCAGACAUCUCUGGGCAGCCAGGACCAGGAUCCCUGUGCUUUGGGAGUGGAGCCAAUCCCACUGGAGGAGAACUCUGCCAGGGCAGGGGAGCACCUCGAGGUAGAGCCGUGCAGUCCAGCUGUCCCUGAGGCUGGCACAGGUGAUGGGUCACAUCCCCACAGCCCAACAGCCCCUCUGGAUCCCACUGAGAGGGAACAGCUGGCAUCCAGCUGCUCUGCAGAGGUGGGUGCUGAGCUGAGCCCACGUUCCCGGGGAGAGCAGCGUUUGCCAAGUGGAGCUGGAGAAGCUGAGGCAGAAGCUGCCCACGAUGGGGUGGGUCUCAGCACAUGGGGCAGCUCUGUGGCGUGUCCCCCUCCCCAGCUUCUCGAGAGCCUUCAGCCACCUGAAAACUCUCAGGUCCCACCAGGACCUGCAGCAGGAGCUGAUGCAGAGCCCAGCCAGGCUUGUCCUGAUCCCUGCACCUCACCAAGGACUUCACCAGAGCCCCAGCACUCUCCUGGCUCCAGUGAGACAAACCUGGCAGGGGAUGGACAGCAGCAGCUCUGCUUCAGGCUCCUGACGCCCUCCCCAUCCCGCCUGGAUCUCCGCUCCGCCGCCGUCCUCGCCAGGAAGGAGGCCAUCGAGCUGUCGUACCAGCAGUUCAGCCUCAACAUCGCGGUGGUGGCCACGAUGCUGCUGCAGAAGGAGCCCUCCAUGGAGGCACCCCUGGGGCUGGCACUCAGGGCCAACCUGCGCCAGGGCUGGAUCCACCACCUGCAGGAGCUGGAGAAUUUCAUCAACAGCUACGACUCGGCCACCCCCAGCCCCUGAGGAGACACCCCCUCCUCCAGCCGGGCUGGGAGGGAUGGGGGGCCGUGCCAGGGCACUGCCGUGCUCAGGUGGUGCUGAGCCUGUGGGUCAGGGUGGCAUGGACAUGUUGGCAGUCCCACCGUAUCUCUUGGAGAGGGAGGAAGGUGGGGGUAUGCUUAGUUUUAGUCCUGCCCAAACCUCUGUGUGCAGCCAAAGGAGGAGCUGGUGUUACUGGCUGGUGGUGGGAGGGAGGGAGAGCAGAAGCCCCUCUCCUCCAUCCAGUCUCCUCACUCCAUUCCUGAUUCCCCGGGAUGUGCUCACAAACCCCGGGAGUUGUUCUUGGUUUAAAAUCCAAAAAUAAACCCUGUUCUUG